CACGGGCCCACAGUUAAGAGAAGCAGUGUAGUUUGAGAGUAUGAUUCCAUUGUCCUCCUUCAAAACCCAAAUCCCUUCACCCCCUUCUGUUUCUCCCCAAAUCCACUCCAAAUUCACCAGAAAUUCAUCCUCCGAAUUUCAUUUCAUUUCAACCCCUCCGCCAUUUUUAGCUACGAUUUCUUCUCUUCACCUCACUCCGCUUUUCUCAUCUGCAAUCUCUCUUUCUUCUGUCUCUAUAUCUCUAUCUGCUCAUCUACGCCCUCUCUCCAGAUUUCAUCUAGGUAAUCUGUUUCUUCUUCUUCUUCUUCUUCAUCUUUUUUAAAUCAAUCGUCUUUGGUUGAAAUCGAAGCCGCCUGUGAUUUGGUAUGAACUAAAAACUGCAAAUUUUCUUGCAUUUUCCCCUUAAUUGUUCCUCGACAACCAUUUCUGUCUGGAAUUUCUACUCUGUUCUAAGAGAUUGUUGUCGAUCUUCUUCGUUUAUUUCAAAUCCAUGUCUGAUCUUUUCAUUUUAUCCAGAUUUCCACUAUUUGAGCUGAAUUUCCAGAAUUACGAUGUCUGAUUCUCUCGUCUUCAUCACGUGCGUCGCCUUCUAACUGUCGAUAACUCAUCGUUCCUCCUUUUGCCUCUUCUUCCAUCACCUAAUCAUUUCACUCUUAUCUGUAGUUCCGUUUUCACCAUUCCAUCUAACAAUCCCUUUGUGGUUGGUCGCCUUUCCGUGGAAAUAACUCAUUUUAAGUACAAACUAUCUCGGAAUUCUGAUGAGGCUCCUUCAGAUCUCCCUCUGUAUUCUCCUCUCAUUCCUCAGCUUUGACACUUCACUUUCUUCUCCCACACCACUGAAUUGCUCCGAUACCACCCGUCUCUGCACAUCCUUCCUCGCAUACAAUCCCAGUCCGCACCAACCCAUCUCUGAAAUCCAGAGUAUGUUCGACGUCUUGCCCGAAGACAUCACAGUCGAGGAUGGUGAUGAUCGAGGGUACCUUUUCAUCAAGAAGAACUGUUCAUGCGCCCAGCAGGCCAAGAAGUAUUUGACGAAUACGACAUUUACGGUGAAGGAGGAGGAAGGAUAUGUUUACAGGAUGGUCACGGAAGCAUAUGGAGGGCUCACAGUCCUGGUCAAUUCAUCACGUACAGCCCGUGCGGGUGCAGUGAUUUCUCUGCACCUCUUGUGUGGGUGCUCAAGCAGGCUGUGGAAUUAUUUGUUGAGUUAUGUAAUGCAGGAUGGGGAUACCAUUGAAUCGUUGGCGAGUAGAUUUGGCGUGAGCAUGGAUAGCAUUGAGGCGGCGAAUGGAAUUUCAGAUCCUGAUACCGUUUCGGUGGGGGAUGUAUAUUACAUCCCACUGAAUUCAGUUCCUGGCGUACCUUAUUCUGUAAAGAAGGGGAUUUCCCCUGCCCCUGCUCCUGCUACGUCCAUUUACAACUUCUCAGUGAAUCAAAAUCACCAUUCUGCUCAUUUCCCAUAUGGAUGGAUUCUAGGGAGCCUGGGAGUGGGUCUAGUUCUGAUUCUCGUGGCUCUACUUGUCUGUAUUUCAUGCAAGUCAUUGAUGUGCUGCACACAAGAGAGCCGCGAAAAAGAUCCUGAUAGAACAAGCUCUCAUAAAUUUCGGAUCCUUCGGAGGACAAGUUUCUGUAAUGGUUCAGGAAGGUACCUCUGCUGCAAGUCCGUGGAUUGGAAGCCAACCACAGUGGAUACCGGCAAUCACCAGAUGAGUAUUCCUAAAGCUAUGAUGACUGAUGUACUUGACAUGGAGAAGCCUGUUGUUUUCACAUACGAGGAAAUUCUUUCUUCAACUGAUGGUUUCUCUGAUUCUAAUCUGAUUGGGCAUGGGAGAUAUGGUUCUGUAUGUUUUGCAGUUCUUCGUGACCAGGAGGUUGCAAUCAAAAGAAUGACUGCUACAAAGACUAAAGAAUUUAUGGCAGAGAUGAAAAUUCUCUGUAAGGUUCAUCACACAAACUUGGUAGAAUUGAUUGGUUAUGCGGCAAGUGAUGAUGAGCUCUUCCUUGUUUAUGAGUAUGCUCAUAAAGGUUCCCUUAGAAGUCAUCUACAUGAUCCUCAAAGCAAGGGUCAUACAUCCCUUUCCUGGAUCGCUAGAGUUCAGAUUGCACUUGAUGCUGCUCGAGGUUUGGAAUACAUUCACGAGCACACCAAAGCUCAUUAUGUUCAUCGAGACAUCAAAACAAGCAACAUCUUACUUGAUACUGCCUUGAGAGCAAAGAUUUCUGAUUUUGGGCUAGCAAAGCUUGUUGGAAGAACCAGCGAUGGAGAAGCUUCAACCACAAGAGUUGUAGGAACCUUUGGUUAUUUGGCUCCUGAAUACUUGAGCGAUGGACUGGCCACUACGAAAAGUGAUGUAUAUGCAUUUGGUGUCGUCCUUUUUGAGCUAAUAUCGGGAAAGGAGGCUAUAACACGAACUGAAGGCAAGGUGUUGGUCAAUCCUGAAAGGCGCUCAUUAGCAUCUGUUAUGUUAGCAGCUCUUAGGAACUGUCCAAAUUCAAUGAGCAUGACCAGCUUGAAAGAAUGCAUUGACCCGAACUUGAUGGAUUUGUAUCCUCAUGACUGUGCAUACAAGAUGGCUAUCCUGGCAAAGCAAUGCGUGGAAGAAGAUCCAAUUCUACGACCGGACAUGAAGCAAGUAGUGAUUUCCCUGUCACAGAUCCUCUUGUCUUCUGUGGAAUGGGAAGCAACCCUUGCUGGAAACAGCCAAGUUUUCAGUGGCCUUGUACAAGGAAGGUGAUGAUGAGUCAGUCCCUUUUUCUACUGUCUCCUUUUUCUUACAUCUUUUUGAGUGUGUUUUGUGUGUAUAGUAGCAAAGAGUAUCCACGGACAGUAACAUCUCUGCUGCAAAAGACCUUUCUCUUCCAUCGAAAGCUUGUAUUCUUUUGUGUGAGAAAAUUUUGUACCAUAAUGUUCUAAUUAUGCAAAGGAUAUGAUUUCCUUUGAAUGGCUUGCAAGCCAUUUGAGAAGCUUAGGGUUUGAUUACUGUAAAGGGAAUAAUACAUGGUGGUGAUCAGGAAUCUUGUAAUUUUAUCUGUGCAUGAGGAAUCAUAUGAUUCUCUUGAUCGAGGAUCUGUGUUCUUCAGCCUCGGGUUCA